ACAUUGCUCAAGCUACUUCAACUGUUCAUACCUCAUUAUAUGGAGCAACUGGACGUAAUGCAGUAUUCCCCAAAAAUAUCAGCUCGUUUUAUUAGUUACUUUUAUUUUUAAGCACGGCCUGCUCCUUUGAUCUGUAUUAAAAGUUGGUGCAGAGCGUGAAAGUCCGGUAGGAAGCUCCUGGCGUGCAAAAUGUUGGCGCAGCGUGCUGUGUUCCUGCUGCGGUCUCAGCGGCUAACCGGCCAGGCAUCAUGCGGAUUGUUCCUCCAAGCGACAGUGAGAUUACUAUCGGGUCAGCCUCGAACUAGUUCGGACUCCGGCGUCGCAGCUGAUGUGGCCAUCAGCAGCACAAAAGUACAGAAGCUUGCCGAUGAGAUUAUGGGGCUGACAGUCCUGGAAUGCAGCUUGUUGUCUGAGAUCCUGCGAAAGAAGCUUGGUGUUCCACAGCCGGCUUUCGGAGCACCCAUGGCUAUGCCCUUUCCGAUGCCAACCUCGCCAGCAGCGGGAGCGGGACCAGCUGCAGCUGCCCCGGCCGAGAAGAAGGAGGAGCCCAAGAAGGAGAAGACCGAGUUUGACAUUAAACUCGAAUCUUUCUCAGCCGAGGGGAAAAUAAAAGUAAUCAAGGAGAUACGCGCACUGACCAACCUGGGAUUGAAGGAAGCAAAGGAGUUGGUUGAGAAGGCUCCGGUUUUGAUUAAGGCAGGCGUGUCGAAGGCGGAUGCGGAGGCUAUGAAGAAGCAAAUUGAAGUCGCUGGAGGCAAAGUAGCUAUUGAGUGAGGAGAGCCGAGACGGAUGUGUGAACCCCACGAUGUCUACCUAUGUUGCCGGAUGUGAAGUGAAGGCGGAUGCAGGUGCAUAGGCGGCGUAGAAGUUUAACAUUUGGGUAACAGGUUGUUAUGUGAAUGUGCAUGUGAAUGUGCUACUACUACAGUACGAGCUUGGGAAAGUGUAAUAGGGGAUUUGUAAUAAUGCGCACGG